AUGGAUAGCGAAAAUGUUGUUACAAUGGUUAUGUUGAAAGAACUGCUAUCGGCUCAAGCAGAUGCAAUAUUGAAACGUUUUAAAGAAAGCUUUAACAGCAUUAAUGAAAGAAUACUAUUAUUACAAAAAGAUGUUGAGGAAAUAAAACGAGGACUUACUUUUGUUGGAAAUGAUAUUGAAACCAAAGUAAACAAAGUAGAUAGUAAUAUGGCGAUAAUAAAAGAAACAAUAAUUGGAAUAAAGUCGUUUCAAGGAAAGUUAGUAAACAAGGCGAAAGAAAACAAACGCAAAACUGUUGAGUUAGAAGAUCGCAACCGGCGAAAUAAUUUAAGAAUAGUGGGCGUUAAAGAAGGAAUAACCAAACCAAUGAAGAUUCCAAUAAGGGUUCACGUAUGUCUACAAGAGAUUCUUACUGAGGAGGACAUUAGAAAGGCAAUUGAAGAAGUAAAAAGUGGUGAAAGAACUGCUUCAGAGGCAUCCAAGUUGUACAAUAUCCCGCGCACCACAUUGAGGGACAAAAUAAGUGGUAAAGCGCCUGUUGUAAAAAAGAUGGGCCUACAAACCUACCUCACUGAAGCAGAAGAAAAUGUUUUGGUGAAUUUUAUUGUUAGCGCACAGAAACGUGCCCACCCUGUUACCAAAGAAACCAUUAUGUCAUUGGUAACUAGUCUUCUUUCGGAUGAAAGGUUACUUAUGGAAGUAAAUAGAGACCGUCCCUUUCAAUUUGGAAGAUCAGGGACUCAACAGCCAGGGAAUAAAUGGUAUAAGCUAUUCCUGUCGAGGCAUCCUAACAUAGUUGCUCGCAUGACUGAAUCAUUAAGUGCGAAUAGAAGAAAUGUCUCACAAGCUGUCAUACAACAAUGGUUUGCUGAUAUAAGAUCGUACCUCUCUGAACAUGACCUUCUUGAAAUCCUUCAGGAACCCCAGCGUAACUAUAACAUCGACGAGUCGGGGUUCCAGUUUUUACCCAAGGUUUCCAAAGUUUUAGCUGCUAUGGGUUCUAAAAAUGUACCGUAUGCGACAUCUUCAAAAGAAAAGGAAAGAAUCACUGUUCUAGCUAACGUUGGUGCCGAUGGCUCUCUCCCUCCACCGCUUAUAAUUUAUCCUAACCUUCGUAUUCCUAUGAAUGUAUACGAAGCCAUUCCAUCCAGUUUAUUUGCAAUCGGAAAGAGUGAAUCGGGAUAUAUUAACCAUCAGGUGCUUUAUGAGUAUCUCACUAAUGCAUUUGACCAAUGGUUAACUCAACAUAAUAUACAAAGACCAGUUAUAGUUUGGUCCGACAAACAUGAAUCGAGGCUGCAAUUUCAUUUAGUUAAAACCUUAGCAGACCUGCAAAUAAUGCUUAUAUUGAUCCCACCAAACUGUACCCAUUUCAUGCAGCCUUUGGACGUAGGAUUGUUUGGCCCUAUGAAAAAUGAAUGGGCUAAGUGUGUGAAUAGGUUCAGGGCUGCCAACCCAAAUGAAUACGUUACCAAAGAGUGCUUUGCAGGAAUGUUCCUGCCAGUGUACACAAGGGUCAUGAGUAGAGAGAAAAUAGUAAAAUCCUUUAAAAAAUGUGGCAUACAGCCAUUUGAUCAAGACGCUUCUGAUUAUACCAAGCUCACUCUUGAAGAAGCCCACUCCGGAGACAGUCGAAUAUUUGAAGGAGUGCUUCAAGACGGUCGUGUUGAAGCUUUUAUUCAUGUCAAUGUUGCGACACAGACAUCCUCUGCAAGUUGAAAAUUUUAUUCAUGUCAAUGUUGCGACACAGACAUCCUCUGACAUCAUCUUGUCUGGUAACACAAGUACUAGCACGAUGGAAGGACUGGGAGCAGGCCCAAACAUUCACCUGAUAACAAAAUCAUUUGAUGACUUUGUCAUCGAUUCGCCAC